UACCGGAAGUGCCUAGAGUUUCAGCGUGUUACACCCCGGAAGUAGAUCUUCUUGUCGUGGAGAAGCUUGGCGGGAAGGGAGCUACCUCAUCCUUAAAGUUGAAGAUAACCAUUAAAGAUGUCUUCCACAUCGCAAAAGCAUCGGGAUUUUGUGGCUGAGCCUAUGGGAGAGAAGUCUGUUCAAUGCGUUGCUGGUAUUGGCGAAGUGCUAGGACAGAGGCUUGAUAAUAAAGGCUUUGAUAAGGCUUAUGUUCUCUUAGGUCAGUUCCUUGUGCUGAAGAAGGAUGAAGACCUUUUUAAGGAUUGGCUAAAAGAUACAUGUGGAGCAAAUGCAAAACAAGGAAGAGAUUGCUUUGGCUGCCUUAAAGAAUGGUGUGAUGCCUUCUUGUAAACCUGUGUUUGCCUUGGUGUCAACUCUAACCCAGUUAUUGAAGUUUAUCGUUCAUUUUAAAUGUUGCCCACCAAUUUUGAAAGUUACAAAUAUGGGUGUUUUUAUCUGGACGUUUGAAAAAUUGGAUUGCUACUUCUCAAAUUACAUUCAGUAUGAAAUGACUUGUUCACGUUUCUUCCUGCAUCAGUAAUUUGGUCCACACACUUGUUAUAGAUGAAUGUUUUAACCAAUAUUAAUAUGCUAUUGUAAAUCGUAUAGAUAUUCUUAAUUCAAAGUUACAGCAUGAAAACAUCUUUUGAGAAGAAUAAAAUGUUGUAUUUUAAAGUUUAA